AAUACUGUAGCGUAGAUUACAUAUUAUAACAUUUGCAUAAUAUGGUGAAUUAUGUGACAUAGCGGAUGACGUAAUUCUAGCAGCGCUAGAACGCAGCUACAAGGAGCUAUAUAUAUAAGCUUAAGUAAAAGUGACGCAACGCUGAAACCGCGCUUGAACAGUGCUAACACAGCGCUAACUUGGUCUUGCAGAUUGCCUUCUAUGGUAAUCAUGGAACUCCAGUUAUCUGGUUAUAGCGGAUUGUAUUACCAUAGUUUGCGUGCCAAAUACGUCAUAAUUAACUUAUGCAAGCACUAUAUAAACGCUUGCACACAUAUAUAAAAGAUAUAGAAGAUAGAAAUAUAGAGGAUUGUAAAUAGAAGACAAGAAAUAUAUAUUCCAAAGCUUUACUAGUGUUGGACUGAUUUCUAUCGCGACGAUGGUGCAAGCCUGAAAUACUCAGUUGGAGUUUGGAUUGAGUUAAGCUUAUUGCUAACGGUCCCUGGGACACGGAUGACACACCCAGUUCUACGGCCCAACGUUACAUUGGUGGCAGCGGUGGGAUCCAGAAAACCAGAAGCAGCCUAGAAAGACCAAGACUACAAAAACUGUGAGUGCUUAGUCACGAUUUUUGGGCUGGGGCUUUACUGUAGUUCCAAAACUGGUUUGUUUCGGAGCUCUGGUGGUGUGUUCGCCUUUCGGGAGGUGUCCUUUGGUAUUCGGUUGUGUAGAUUUGCAUUCUCUUGUGUUUAUUAAGUUCGUAAUUAAGUUUGCGUAGGGAAGCAGCAUGUCUACGGAUCAGCCCAGUAGCAGUGGAGGCAGCGCGCCAACUACGACGCACCAUAAGGUAGCCGUCAUGCCGGAAGCUUUCGGGGCCGGAGACAAAGAGGAUUGGGUUUCUUGGCUUAAGUAUUUCAAUAAUUGCGCGAAAUUAAAUAAGUGGAGCCCUGAGGAGAAACGCGAUUUCUUGGCAGUUCGUCUCCGUGGUGCUGCGCAAGAAACCUACUUCUCUUUGUCCGACGAAGUUCAGGAUGGAACAUUCGACGGUCUCGCGGAAGCUCUCGGCAAGAAAUUUGCGCCUGUGGAGCGUCUAGAGUUGUAUAAGGCUGAAUUUCAGGCUAGACGGCGCACGCCGGGCGAGAAACUAAGCGAACUUGCGUCCAACUUAAGUAAAAUGGCUAGGAAAGCAUUUCCUGGCGCACCAGCGGAGAUUCUUGAUCGUUUGACAAUGGAUCGCUUCAUCGCGUCUUUGGAUAGCACGGACCUUCGCAUACGUGUUAGGGAAGGCAACCCAAAGACGUUCGAUGAAUGUUUAAGUCGAGCGAUUCAACUUGAGGCAAUUUACGAGGCGGAAAUUGGCCAGAACCGUGGCAAAUCGUCUCGGGUUCAAACGGUCGAGAAAUCUGCGGAGAUGCGCAUCUCCGAGAUGCUCACCAAGCAAACUGCUGCGCUUGAGAAGGCCGUCAAUUUGCUAAGCGAGCGCGCCAAAUCUGGGGAUGGAAAUAGCCGUAAUAAGCCAGGGUUUAAGUCCAAGGGCAAAAUUACUUGUUGGAAAUGCGGUGGUGUGGGCCAUGUUAAAGCGAAAUGCCCCACACAAGAUUUACCAAGCGGGAAGCCGGAAAACUAGGGUUGGCUGGCGCCGCGGGUCGCGCGUCAGCC